AUGGCGAGCCUGGUGGCGGCUGAUUACGCUGUGAUCGCGGUCACGUUGAUCAUCAGCUCUGGAAUCGGUGUAUAUUACUGGCUGACCGGCGGAAAACAGAAAUCGACCGAGGAAUACUAUUUGGCGGACAGAUCGAUGAGAGUUGCGCCGGUCGCGAUAGGGUUAACGGUCUCGUACCUGUCCGCGGUCAGCGUGCUGGGAGUGAGCUCGGAAAAUUACGUUUAUGGUACCCAGUACGCCGUGAUCAAUCUUGCGUACGGGUUAGCCACUCCGUUCGUCGCUUACUUCUACAUACCAGUGUUCUUCAAGCUCGGAACGACCAGCACAUUCGAGUACAUGCAGAAACGUUUCGGAACCGCAGCAAGACUAGCGGCGAGUUUCGCGUUUCUACUGCAGCUGCUUCUGUACAGCGGCGUGGUACUCUUUGCGCCGGCUCUAGCGCUCGAGGCGACCACUGGUAUCUCGACGACCGCGAGCGUGAUCGGUAUCGGAUUGGUCUGCACGUUUUAUUCGACGAUCGGCGGUAUCAAGGCGGUCCUGAUCACGGACGUGUUCCAGAGCCUGUUGAUGCUGAUCGCCAUUAUCAUGGUGAUCGUCACCGCGGCGGUGAACCACGGCGGCUUGGAUCGGAUCUGGGAGAUCGCGCAAGAGGGAUCACGGAUAGAAUUUGACAACAUUUCAGUGGACCCGACGGUGCGACACACCUGGUGGAGCUUGACAUUUGGUGGUUUCUUCACCUACCUCUCCUUGUACGGCGGUAACCAAGUUCAAGUUCAGAGAAUGUUAACCAUCGGGGACGUGGGCGGUGCUCAAGCAGCGCUCUGGUGGAGCUGGUUAUUGACAUCUGUGAUGUCCCUGAGCCUCUGUUUCUCCGGUUUGGCGAUAUACGCGAACUACCACGGCUGUGACCCCCUGACGGCCGGCCGGAUCAAUUCGAACGAUCAAUUAAUGCCCCUUUACGUGAUGGACAUGCUCUCCGAUUACCCGGGUGUGCCAGGCCUCUUUAUAGCCGGUAUAUUCAGCGCCGGAUUGAGCACCAUUUCCGCGACGGUGAACUCGCUGGCCGCCGUUGUACUCGAGGAUUUCAUCAAACCCGUGUACCGUGUACGCGGCAAAGAAAUCACCCAGACCGGAUCGAUCAUCGUCAGCAAGCUCUUGGCGAUCGUAGUCGGCCUGGCCUGCAUAGCGCUCGCGUUUAUGGGACGUUACCUUGGCGGUCUCCUCCAAGCCGCGUUGACGAUCUUUGGUGUCGUCGGUGGCCCGGUAUUCGGCCUGUUCACGCUCGGCAUGUUCACGGAGUUGGGCAAUCAGCGGGGAGCAGUGAUCGGGCUGCUCGCCAGUCUCGUUUUCUCCCUGUGGAUGGGUUUCGGCCAACCGAAACCGCCGAUCCCCAGGCCGGACGUCACCACGUCGGGAUGCAAUGCGACUGGAUAUUACGUGAAUCACGUGGAAUCCGAGGAUUUCCAUUUCGAUCUCCAACAUAACAACGACGACGAUUCAUACUUCUAUCUCUAUCGUAUCUCGUACAUGUGGUACUGCCCGCUCGGAUCCGUGAUCAGUUUUGGGGUGGGAUUGUUCGCCAGUUGGAUUUCGAAUUUGAUCCUCGGCAAGGAACCGAAGGAACUACAUCCUGAUCUUCUCACCCCCAUGAAAGCGUCGAGGGUGCGAAGAAGACGGCUGAAGACGACCACUUGAAGCAUCCAUAUCGUUUCACGCUGAAGGAUUCAUGAAAAACAGACACUCGUGGAUCUACAAUUCGAUGAUCAUGCAUCAUUUUUCAUUGACAAAUGGAUGAUCGAGAGUCUCCUUUCCUAGUUACGAUUUCAUCGGUGACGACCAUGACCUCAAAUUACAAAUCGAUCGACUGUGCCUCGUAGACAGAGAUUCUUUUGUUCAAUUUUUUUUAGUU